AGAAGACUAGUCUGUACCCAAAUGUAAUUAUGAGAGGAACAAAAUUAAUAUUGAUGGAGGUAGGAAAUGUAAAAUUUCUGGAUUCUCUCAAUUAUUUUCCUAUGCCUCUAACUGCUCUACCCAAGGCGUUUGAUUUGAAAGAGCUAAAGAAAGGAUACUUUCCACAUCUAUUCAACACUUUGGCUCAUCAGAAUUAUCUAGGGCCAAUUCCAGCGCUCGACUUCUACGAUCCCGACCAUUUAAAAGAAGACACUCGAGAAAAAUUAUUAAAAUGGCAUGGCAAAAGACAAGCGGAGGGAUACGUUUUUGAUUUUCAGAAAGAAAUCGUUGAAUACUGUAUCUCCGAUGUGGAAAUAUUGACACAGGCGUGUCUCAAAUUUCGAGACCUGAUGAAAACCGAAACCACAGUCGAUCCCUUCCAGGAAAGCACCACUAUUGCAUCAUGCUGUAACAAAGUCUUUAGACGCAAUUUUUUAAAACCUGAGACGAUCGGGGGUAAUUCCAAAAGGGGGCUAUAG